AUGUUUUAUAUUAUAACUCCGUCAGGGCAAGUAUCACUUCACGUUUUAGAAAAGUGCGUCUUUGCUAGGUUAGAAUAUUUACAUUUGCUACAUGAGGGCAAAGCUCAUGAAUUUAGUGGUAAUUUUGAAUAUUUAUUAGAAAAUUCAAUCUAUGAUAAAAUUGGACAUUUUACAUUACGAUUAUUAGCAUCGGUGUCACAAGAUCUAUGUAAUUAUUGGAUUACUAGGGAAAUAUUAUUAUUUGAAACUAGGUUAAAUUAUAUUUUACCUCGACAGUUACAUAGAUUAUUCAGAAGCAUCUUGCGUCAACUAAGAUUACUCUCAGAUAAAGAAAAAUUGAUUAACAGAACAUUAAUUGACAUAUGUAGUUUGUUUUCAAAAUUAUAUGUUUUUAAUCACCUUGUAUCAAAAGAUCAUUCAAAAGAUUGUAAUCUUUUCGUAACUAAAGUGAGAUAUGAACUAGUACCAGAUUUAAUCAAGGAAAGAAAAUUAGAUUUGAAUGCAGGAUAUGCUAUUGUAUACUGCUCGAAAUGGAAAAAUAUAUUAACGUCGUUGUUUUCCACUUAUAUGACCAAAGAAUUAUCAUGCAUAAAAUCAAAAGCACAAUAUACAAUAAAUCAUGAUACCAGACUUGAUUAUUUGUAUCACAAGGUUCAUUGUAAAAUAUUUCAAGUAAAUCAUGUAUAUGGACAUAUAACUAGAGAAAAUAUAGAUAUAGAAGUAAAAUAUUUUCCACCUUGUAUGCAACAUUUACAUACAAAACUACGGAAUACACAUAGACUUAGCCAUUAUGCUCGUUUGUAUUAUAGUCUGUUCUUAAAAGAUGGUGGAAUGCAUUUAGAAGAUGCUGUGAAUUAUUGGAAGGAAGAAUAUUCCAAACCCCAUUCCUGUUCUUCUAUUUGCUCACAUAAUUGGCAAUCAAAUGAAAAAAAAUUUAUAUACAGUAUUAGGCAUCUUUAUGGUUUAGAAGGAUCUAGAAGAAAUUACAAGUCACCCACUUGUAAUUCAAUGUGUAUGAAUAUAUCAAGUCCUAUGUAUGAAGGAGGAUGUCCAUUUAAACAUUUUGAUAUAAAUACUUUGAAAAGUCUUUUAUGCUUGUCAUUAUCAGAUGAUAAAGUAACAGAACUAUUGCACACUAUAUCUUCUGACAAUCCUCAAAUUGCUUGUGCUGAAUUUUUCAAAAUACUAAAUCAAUACAGUAACAAUGAUAUUGUUAUCAGUAGUCCUUUACAAUAUUAUUUAACAAUGAUUAAUCAAAUUUAA